UCGCCGAAGAGUGGUGGUCACUGUUUCAGGUUCUUCGAACUAUGGCAGAGAUCUGUAGACAAUGCUGAUCACGCAUGUUGCUGUCGGUGAAAAUAUUUAAAUCCUAAUUAACCGACUGAAGACCCAGCGGAGGGCAUGAGAACGACUGAUUACAAUUAUUUACAUGAUAAGAGUUUAGAAACUUCGUAUACUGUGAUACAUAAUGGAAGUGGAACCCUGUUUAGAAGGCAGACCUAUGAAGGUCACUGUAUCCAAAGAUUACGGAAAAAGAUCGAAAACCAUCCGCAUGGAAGGACCCGAUGGAGGAUGGGCUUGGUUGGUAGCCCUUGCUGCUUGUCUCAUCAAUUUCAUUAUGGCCGGUUUGGGCAGGAUGUCCGGCAUUUUGUAUGUUGCUUUCAUCGAUCUAUUUCACGUCGACAGAGAAAGAGCUUCCUUACCCUUCAGCGUGCGUUCAGCGACAAGGAAUUUACUUGGUCCGGUUGUUGGCAUUCUGGGUCAAAAAUACGGUGUGCGGGCCGUGACAAUCACCGGUGGCGUCAUAGGCACUCUCAGUGCAGCAUCUUGCUUCUAUGCCAAAGACAUUGUCUGGAUAACCAUCAUAUGGGGAGGUAUAAAUGGUAUUGGAACAGCUCUUACAACCACUCUUCCUCAAGUUGUCAUUGGACAGUAUUUCGUAAAGCAUAGAACUACUGCUUCUGGAAUGGCAUUUUCUGGCGGUUGCGUUGGAUCUUUCCUUUUCCCCGCACUGUUAGAAUGGCUACUCUUCGAAUACGGAAUGCAGGGUACUUUUUUAAUCAUUGGUGCCAUCAUCAUGCAUGUCAUUCCAGCGGCAAUGGUUCUUAAGACUGCUCCAUGGUUAAAGGACAAAACAGCUGAAAAACCUAUGGAACAUGUUAUUCUUGAAGAGGCUGGACCAUCUAAAUGCAACUCAAAUAAAGCAUAUGAUGAUCAAAUUCAAAUCAAUGGCAAAACUAAUCUAACGAAUGGUGGGAUAAUAUCUCCUCAUGAAGAGAAACCUCUUGAACUAACAAAAGACGAUUCAAAACAUUUUGAAGUUGAUAUUGAUUAUUCCUAUUUGCGAAGACAUAAAGAUUUGGUGCUGAAGUUACUUCAAAUGACAAUGUUGCCAGAAACUAUGUUAGCUGAAGUUUCUGAGGAUAGCAAAAACUAUUGUAAAUCAUUGGAAGAAGAAUGUAUUUUGGAAGACAUGGAAAGAUUGUACCGAAAACUUGAAGUAACUAAAGAUAAAAAUAGAAUACUUGAUUUGAAGCAUUAUAAGAAUGGAACUAUAAAAUAUGAAUGUGAUUUUGAGGAUUCUUCCUUGUAUAGAAAAAGUCAAAGUUUUACCUCAGGUAAAAAAAUUUCCAAUAAUUCAGGCACAUCAUCCAUAUAUAAAGUUCAGUCUGUCCCGCAGUUUACCAUACCCAAAGGAUCGUCUCAUAAUAUUUUUAUGAGACUGUUAAAACUACAAAGUUGUAAUGAUGAUCAAAUUUUGUCUUUUUUCUUAAACGAAAAUCAUUCCGAAGUAUUGAAGUUAGCAACGGAGCUUAGAAAGGUGUAUAUUUUGUUAAAUCAAGUGGAAAAUAUAGGGCAUUUAAAUCCAAAUUGUGAAAAUUCCACAAAUUCGAUUUUAAGUAAUGAGAAUUCUGAUAUAAUAGAUACCACGAUUAAAAGUGCUAAUCAGCAGUCAAAUAGUUUCUGGAUUCAUAUUAAAACUGCCUUCAAAUUGCAUUCGAAUCCAAUUUUUUUGUUAAUCUGUCUUUGCAGAGCAGUUCAUUUCAUUACUUUUGUUACUGUUGUUACCACUGUUGUUGAUUUUGCGAUGGAUAAAGGCUUACAAGAAGCGGAUGGAAAGUAUGUUAUUGCGGCAUUAUCUUUAGGUGAUUUAGUAGGCCGUUUGGGUCUAGGAUGGCUUACUGACCGAGGCUACAUCAGUUUAAUCAAAUAUAUGUUCUUUGUUAUGAUUAUCCAAGGUGCCAGUACAGCUUCCUUGCCGCUGAUGUAUGCUAAAUCUACAUUUCUACCAGCGAUUGCCAUAUUUGCAAUGCUUCAAGGGUCUGUGUUUGUGCGUCAUCCAAUUUUGAUUUCUAGCUACAUGGGGAAGCAUGAACAAUCCAUCGCCAUGGGCUGCAUUAAUUUUUUUUCUGGCUUCCUAGGAUUUGCAAUUCCAAGUUAUAUUGGUUAUUUCAGAGAUACCAUUGGAUCUUAUGACAACAUAUUCUAUAUCAAUGGUGCUAUUGGAACUUUUAUAGGGUUACUUUGGGGCUUCGAACCUUAUUUCAGACGUUAUUGCCCUCAAAACGCCGAGAAAAAUAACUCCAUAGAAUCUGUAUGAAUACACCAACUGCAUAGUAUGAUUCAAAUGCAAGCUUCAUAUUCUUUUAUACAUGGAAUUGAUUUUGGUAUUUUUGAGGACAUUUUUUCAGUAAUUUAUGUCAGAGCAAACGCAAUGGAUCUGUGUGCAUCUAAUCAAUCAUUGUAUAUGAAGUUAUGUAUUAAUUUGCAAACAUUUUAUUCACUUUAACUUAAUGCAAUCAUAAAAUAUCAUUGAAUAGUGCAGCAUAUUAGUUAAAUGCGAAGAGAGAGCGAAUAAGUUAGCAAAGUGUUAUGAAGUGCAUUUAUUUAAAACUUUAGACUUAACUUUAAUGGUGCUUUUGUUUUAGAAAUUAUACAAUUUUUAUUAAGUUUUCCUUAUAUUCGAUUGUUUUAUGAAUUAUCAUUUACUUUUAAUGAAGUAUCACAAAGUAUUAUCUUACUAUAAAUAUAUUGUGCUGAAUUUUUAACCUAGAAAUUUUAUUUUAAAAAGUAUGAAAUUUUAAGUACAGAAAAGUUUAAGAGCAAUUGUGUCAGCAAAUGAAUGUAUUAUGCUAAUCAUUUAAGAUGAUUCUAAUCAUGUCAUUCCACUCGUCUGUCACUUGAAAUGUUACUAUACCAACUGAAGUAUGUUUUUGCUUUAUAUGAUGGUCUCUUAUUAGCCAUAUCUUAUUAAAUCAAAAUCGUAAAUGAAAAGAGCUUUCAAUGUUGCUGUGAUGAAACGUUUAUAUGAACAAUCUUAUAAAUUCAAACAUUUAUGAAUCGGACAUUAAACAAUGUGUAAUAUUUUUCAGUAAUCUAAAAUUGUAACAGUAAAGACUGUUUCAUUUAGAAGACGAACAAUAUGGUUCCUUACUUAGACUUAUGUUCGUCCAGGAAACAAGUCUCUUUCAACUGAAAUUGUUUUGAGUUGAAAUUGUAUUUUAUGCGCACAUGUUUGCAAGAAGAACUGUUUCGAAUGUAUUAUUAAGCAGAUAUCAAAUAAGUAUAGAAGGGUUUUUAAAUUGGUUAUUUUUCUUAAAACUGUAAUAGGGUGAUAUAAAUUUUAAGUAUCUUAAGGAAAGUUCGGAUUUUUUCAUUGUGUGCAAGGAAUCUGAAAUGCAUCAUGGAAUUUUAUAUAGUGGGGCUUGUUAUGUGAUACUAUGUGUAACUUAUUAUUGUGAAUAUUGUUCUGUUAGAAGAUGUGCCACUAUUUUGUAGUUAUUUAUGUACAUAUAUGUCAAGAUAGUAUUAUUUUUUAUCUCAAGGUUGAAAUAAAUUUGAAUAUUUCUUCCUA